AUGUCUCGUGAUAAUGCUCCUGUCCUCCAAAACUUAUGGGUGAAGCCACCACCGGGUUUCAUAAAAUGCAAUGUUGGUAUGGCUUGGAACAGUGCAGGUCCUUUAAAUGGAGCUAGUUGGGUUACAAGAGACAACUCUGGUCGGCCUAUUCAUCAUAGUCGCUGUGCCUUCAGUCAAUCUUCUUGUAAACGUGAAUCAGAUCUAAAAGCUCUGUUAUGGGCAGUGGAGGCAAUGGAUAGCUUGAAACAGAAGAAAGUUAUAUUUGAAGCUUCAUCGGUAGAGGUCAGGCAAACACUUCUGGAACCGAAUGGCUUCUGCAGACUAUUGCCAUUGUCUCAAAGAAUUUUAACGCUUCUGCAUCAUUUUGAAGAAUGGUCUAUUUUCCAUGUCUCUGGUCCCAAAAAUAGAGUAGCGACAGCUAUAGCAGAGAGUGUGGUAUCAGGUGCUCCAUUGAAGAAUGCGGCCGGAUCUAAAUCGAGUGGGAGCUCUUUGGACGAUGAUGAUGAGGAUGAGGACGAUGACGUAUGUGAUUGGGGGUUUGUGGUGAGGAAGAAGAGUGGAGUGGAUGAGGUAUAUCCGACUAGAGGUGAAGGGUCGUCGUGUAGGGAGCUGGCGAGAGUGAUUCUGAAGUUGGGAGAGGUGUACGAGAGGAUCGAAGGUGCGAAGCAGAGGAUGAUGGUUGAGUUGGAGAAACAGAGGAUGGAAGCUGCUAAGGAGAUUGAGUUGCAACGAAUGAACAUGUUGAUGGAUAUGCAGAUGGAGCUUGAAAGACCCAAGCUUGCCAAACGUAGAACUGCUGCUUCAGUUAAGAAGUUGUAG